AUGUCGACAUUCGCCCCUACCAAUCUCCCUGACAUCCUCCUCAUCGGAGCUACAGGCCGCACUGGUCGUCUCGUUCUAGCAUCAGCACUGAAACGCGGCCACAAAGUCGUCGCCUUGAUCCGGCCAUCCUCAUACCUGUCACCGCAACCCAACCUUACAAUCUUCGAGGGCUCUCCUCUUGACUCUGCCGCCAUCACUACCGCUCUCUCCCUUACCUCGGGUCCAGUGGUCGUAAUCAGCACGCUGGGCCAAACACGUACAUCUGGAAACCCCUUCGCCGCGACGACUUCGCCUCGACUAUUCAUGUCUGACUCGGCUACUGCAGUGGUCUCAGCAGCAAAGGCCUUCGGCCCUAAAGUUCAGAAAUUGGUACUCAUGUCAAUGUUCGGCACUGGAUCCUCCUUCACCAACCUCAACUUUCUCAUGCGAGCAACUAUGCUCUACUCGAACAUGAAGCAAACACUCGACGACCAUAAUGCCGUUGAUGGAGUCAUCAAGAAUAGUGGACUGGUAUUUGUGAUGCCUAGACCUGCUAUGCUGAAGGGCGAAGUAGCUUUGCCCGUCAAGAUUCUAGGCGAUACAGGAGAAAAAGCGGGAUUCAUGCCUUCCGUGAGUGCACAGAGUGUUGCUAAGUUUAUGCUAGACGCGAUCUCCAGUGAAGAGUGGGAUGGUAGAACCCCUGUCCUCUCAAAUUGA